CUCUAACCCACAAAACAGUUCUCAGUGUGAGCAAGCAGCUGGAGAAUACAGACAUGAGCGUGUGGCCGGCCGGAAAUUCGUGAAGCAGGGAAAAGGAAAUGAGAAAUCAACCAGUGCUGGUCUCAGGGGAGGAGGCAAUAGGUCUCAGGGUCGAGAGAGCAGGGGGUCCAGAGCCAGUAACAGAAUAAAAGGGAUGAACCCCAGAGUCUCCGGGAAGAGAGGGCCAAACUCCACCGCUCGAAGGGAGGAGGGGAACAAGCUCGCCUCUGGGUUGGAGCCGCGCGGGGGCGGGGCGCGGAAGGAUCCGGGCGGUCGGUGCAGCGCCGCCCGGGAUAUAUCUGUUCUCACUCCCCGGGGCCGCCACAUUCUCAUCCUCAGAUCAAGAUCUCUCCUCACACUAUAGCGAAGCUUACUUUGCCCGCGAAUCCCAAGCCAUGGCUCUGUAGCUGCGAACCCUCCGUGCCCCCCGCCCGUCUCCGCGCUCACCGCGCCUGCGCUCUUCUUUUCGCUCCUGCCUUCUUUAUUCAGCCGAGGCCGCCGCUGCCUCUCCUUUCCAGAGCCAUGGAGUCCUCCACUUUCACCUUGGUGCCUGUCUUCGGCCAACUGAGCAACCUCCAGAGCCUCUGCUCAGCUGUUGGUGCAGCUUCGUUCAUUGCCAUUCAUUCCCAGCGCCUGUGCUGCAGCCAUGUCACUCCUGGCGACCCUGGGGCUGGAGCUGGACAGGGCCCUGCUCCCAGCUAGCGGGCUGAGCUGGCUCGUAGACUAUGGGAAACUCCCCCUGGCCCCUGCCCCCCUGGGCCCCUAUGAGGUCCUUGGGGGAGCCCUGGAGGGCGGGCUUCCAGGGGGAGGAGAGCCCUUGGCAGGUGAUGGUUUCUGUGACUGGAUGACUGAGCGGGUCGACUUUACAGCCCUUCUCCCUCUGGAGCCCCCCUUGCCCUCAGGUGCCCUCCCCCCACCUUCCCCACCCUCACCUGACCUGGAAGCCAUGGCCUCCCUCCUCAAGAAGGAGCUGGAGCAGAUGGAAGACUUCUUCCUUGAUGCCCCACUCCUCCCACCAUCCUCCCCACCACCACAGCUGCCACCACAAGAGGCACCCUCCCUUCCUGUCCCCCUCCCCCUCCCCACCUUUGACCUCCACCAGCCCCCUGCCCUGGAUACCCUAGACUUGCUGGCCAUCUACUGCCACAGUGAGGUGGGGCAGGGGGAUUCAAGUUUGGCUCCCCUGCCCCCACCACAGCAGCCCCCUCCUCCACCUCAAACCUCUCGCCCGGCCCCCUACCCCAAUCCUGCCAUCACUCGAGGGGACCGCAAGCAAAAGAAGAGAGACCAGAACAAGUCAGCUGCUUUGAGGUACCGGCAGAGGAAGCGGGCAGAGGGUGAGGCCCUGGAGGGCGAGUGCCAGGGUUUGGAGGCACGGAACCGGGAGCUGAGGGAGAGGGCAGAGUCUGUGGAGCGGGAGAUCCAAUAUGUCAAGGAUCUGCUCAUCGAAGUGUACAAGGCUCGAAGCCAGAGGACCCGCAAGAGCUAGACAGGCAGGGGCUUUGGGCUAUAGGGGGUGCUGGUCUUCAGCUCUGGCUCACUUCUGUUUCUGGGGAUGAGAUGGGAGGGUUCCCCCAUCAUCCCUCUGCCUCUAGCUUCUUUCCAGAGCCCCCACUUCUCUUUCUCCUUUUAUCCUUGCCCCCUCUCUUGUCCAUUUCAGUUUUGCUCCCUUCCGCCCUCCCCAGAAUCAUGGAACAUUUGGCCUUAGUCAACAUCUACACUUUUCAAGUGAACAGCUGAGGGACUGAGCCGCCCCCCGCCACCCAGGAGUUCAGGGAGCAGGGAAACGCUUGGAAACCUGCUCUCAAACAGGGACUUGAGGCCAGAAAGUUGUGCAGAAUGACUAUGUAAACGAGGGCAGGAGAGCCAUCUAGGAAGUAAGUCAGGGAGCAUUUUAAGAAUGGUACCCAUAUAAUAGAAGCAAAACAAGCAAGCCAGGUGACCUUGGGAAACUACAUUUGGGCAGGGAGCCAAAAAGUGGCCAAGUUCAAAGAGCCUAUGGCUGGUGACUAUGGAGGCAGAUGGGGAGCUGGGCAGGGUAGGUGUGGCCAUAGUUGGUGACGGGGUGUUCGUUUUUAGCUUUGGGAGGAAAUCAGUGUUUUGUGAAGGUGCUGGUACAGAGGCUGCAUCUAGGUGAGAGAGGGUGGGAGCAAUCCUUUUGGGGGUUGUGGUGGAAAUAAAAUAAAUAAUUUCUUCUGGUC